AUGGAUAACGUACUCGCCAAACCUGCAGACCUCUGCUGUCUCAAAGGAUCGUUUCAUUCCGGAGAAGCUACUGGUUCUACAAUCCAGAUUGACGGUAUCGACACUUAUGUAGCCAAACCUCAUCCCGACAGAUCCAAUGGGAACAUUCUUCUUUUCUUUCCAGAUGCAUUCGGGCUGCAUACCAAUAGCUUCCUUAUGAUGGAUGCUUUCGCCGAGUGCGGGUACCUCACUCUUGGUGUCGACUACUUCCUUGGUGACCCUGUCACAAAACACUCCUUGACACCGUUAAGUGACCCAAACUUUGACUUUGAGUCUUGGAAGAACAAGCAUCUCAAGGCAUCGGAGGAGGCUGCUGCCAGGUGGGUCAAGGCCGUGAACGCGCAGUACGGCGGCAGUAAGGACGUUAAGUUUGCUUGUGUUGGCUACUGUUGGGGUGCACGCUUCGUUUGCCAACAAUUGUCUGCAGAUGGGAUCUGUAAAGUUGGCGCCAUCGCCCAUCCUUCAUUCCUAACAGAAAGCGAUGUCUUUCACGUCCAAGAGCCUAUCUUCUUCUCAGUCCCCAGCACAGAUAAGCUUUUCCAGCCAGAGCAGAGAAGCAGGACUGUCGAGAUACUGACAGAAAACAACAAGCAGUUCAACAUGCAAGUCUUUGCCAACGUUGGACAUGGCUUUGCGUCGCGAGCUCGUUUGACUGACCCUUAUGAGAAGUGGGCUAAGGAGGCGAGCUUCAAAAGCUUUGUUGAAUGGUUCGACUUUUGGAUGGAGAAGAGGUAG